AUGGGGUCGGGGCGCGGGGGGCGGCUGAGCGCGGUGGCCCUGCUGUGCGCGGCGGCGGUGCUGUGUCAGUGGGGCAGCGGCAGCGUCCUCCGCCGCCGCCUCCCCGCGGGGUUCGCGCAGCGGCGGCUGAGCGGCGGGGAGCGGCGGGACGUGCAGCGCGAGAUCCUUGCCGUGCUGGGGCUGCCGGGGCGGCCCCGACCGCGCGCCCCCGCCGCCUCCCGCGCCCCCGCCGCCGCCGCUCCGCUCUUCAUGCUCGAUCUGUACCACGCCGUGGCCGGAGAAGAGGAGGAGGAGGAGGAGGCGGUGUCGCGUCCGGUGCUCACCGGGCUCAGCACCCAGAGCCCUCCGCCGGGCAGCGUGGUCAGCCACGCUGACACCGUGGUCAGCCUCGUGAACAUGGUGGAGCAGGACCGGGACACCUCCUCCCCAAAGCCCUACUGGAAGGAGUUCCGCUUCGACCUGGCUCAGGUGCCCGCAGGGGAGUCGGUGACGGCCGCCGAGUUCCGCAUCUACAAAGCGCGGGGCGUCAGCCGGCACGGCAACAGCACCCUGCAUGUCAGCAUCUACGAGAUCGCCGCCGAGCGGGCCAACAGGGAGUCCAACCUGUUCCUGCUGGACGCCCAGCAGCUGCGUGCCGGCACCGAGGGCUGGCUGGUGUUCGACGUCACAGCCGCCAGCAGCCACUGGCUGGUGGAACGCAAGCACAACCUGGGCCUGCGGCUCUACGUGGAGACAGACAAUGGGCUCAGUGUGGAGCCGGGCUCGGUGGGGCUGUUGGGCCGCCGUGGGCCCCGCUCCAAGCAGCCCUUCAUGGUGACUUUCUUCCGGGCGAGCGCCAGCCCCGUGCGAGCCACGCGAGCGGCCAAAGCACCGCGCAGGAGGCAGCCCAAGAAGAGCAACGACCUCCCACACCCCAACAGGCUGCCAGGAAUCUUUGAUGAUGUCCACUCUGCAGAUGGGCGGCAGGUCUGCCGGAGGCACGAGCUCUAUGUCAGCUUCCAGGACCUGGGCUGGUUGGACUGGGUGAUCGCCCCCCAGGGCUACUCAGCCUACUACUGCGAGGGGGAGUGCGCCUUCCCGCUGGACUCCUGCAUGAACGCCACCAACCACGCCAUCCUGCAGUCCCUGGUGCACCUGAUGAAGCCCGAGGCCGUGCCCAAGGCGUGCUGCGCGCCCACCAAGCUCAGUGCCACCUCCGUCCUCUACUACGACAGCAACAACAACGUGAUCCUCAAGAAGCACCGCAACAUGGUGGUGAAGUCCUGCGGCUGCCACUGAGCACCGGGGGGAAGAGGGGCACCGGGAUCCGUGCUGGGUGCAGGGGGGAGGGGGUUACUGCAGCAGCACCCGGGCUGCCCACCCGACACACCACCACCCGUCUGCCCAGCCCUUUCCCUUCCCAGAAGUGGAUGUAAAUAAUAUAAAACUUCCCUUCUCUCACCACAUAUAAUGAGAAACAUCCAUACUAUACAUGCGUAGAUAUAAAUAUAUAGAAGAGGAAGAGGAUUUGUGGUCGGUGACGUCGGGCCGUGGCGGAUGUGCGGUGCCCGGGGUGAGGCAGGGCGGCUCCGAGGACAGCUGGGCUCCAAGCAGGGCUUCCAGUUCCCUACACAAAAACACCCUCAGCCAAUUAAGUAGCCGGCUGACUAACAGGCUCCUGUUUACUUAGAGUUCACAAAACUCAGCCAAGGGGAAAAAAAAUAAUACAUAUUGAGCUACAACACUGUUAUAAAAUAAAUGCCUAGUUUGGAAAGUAAA